UUGCAGUAACUUUAGAAGAUGAAGCCAAUUCUGCUGAAUGACAUAAUGAUUGGAAUAUUAAGCUCAGUUCAGAGUAUCACUGAAGUCAUUCCAGAAGUAAUUGCUGGUUCUGCCGCUCCCCUCAUCUUCUUAAUACUGGCUUUGAUUGUGAUCUGGAAUUGUAAAUUCCGUUCUUCUCCACCAGGUCCUUCUUUCUGCAUGGGGAUUGGACCCAUUGUUUCAUAUAUUCACUUUCUUUGGAAAGGAAUUGGAAAGGCCUGCAAUUACUACAAUGACAAAUAUGGAGAAUUUGUGAGAGUCUGGAUCAUGGGGGAAGAAACACUCAUUAUUAGCAGACCUUCAGCUGCUUACAAUGUGCUGAAGCAUGCAGGUUACUGUAGUAGAUUUGGAAACGAGUUUGGUCUGCAGUGUGUUGGCAUGCGUGAAAAUGGUAUCAUUUUUAACAAUAAUCCUGACAGCGUGAAACAGAUCCGUCCUAUAUUCAUGAAAGCCUUAACAGGUUCAAGGCUGCAUAAUGUUACAGCUGUCUCUGUUGCAUCAACUAAAGCAUACUUGGAGAGACUGGACCAAGUGACAGACAACGGACAAGUUAAUGUUCUAAAGCUUGCAAGAUUAAUUGUGCUUGAUAUCAACAACAAACUAUUCUUAAGGGUGCCUUUGGAUGAAAAUGAAAUUUUAGGGAAAAUACAAAAUUAUUUUGACUCCUGGCAAACUCUUCUACUGAAACCUCAUUUAUUCUUCAAGUUCAGCUGGCUGUACAAGAAGCAUGAAGAGAACGCUCAGGAGUUGAGAAUGUCAAUGAAGAAUCUCAUCAUGAAGAAAAGGCAAAGCAUUGCUGAAUCAGAGAAACUGGAAGAGGAUACGGAUUUUGCAACAGAUUUAAUAUUUGCCCAGGACCAUGGAGAUCUAACCUCUGAGAAUGUCUGCCAAUGCCUGCUGGAAAUGAUGAUCGCAGCACCAGAUACAAUGUCUGUGAGUCUCUAUUUUAUAUUCAUGCUAAUUGCACAACAUCCAGAUGUACAGGAAGGACUAAUCGAAGAAAUAAAAACUGUUUCUGGUGACAAUGAGGUUGAAAACAGUGACCUUCCACAGAUGAAAUUGAUGGAGAGUUGUAUUAAUGAAGCCAUGAGGUACAUGCCUGUUGUAGAUAUAAUCAUGCGCAGGGCUAUGGAGGACAAUGUCAUCGAUGGCCACUAUAUAAAGAAAGGCACAAAUGUCAUACUGAACAUCAAACGUAUGAACAGAAAUGAGUUCUUUCCAAAACCCAAUGAAUUCAGUCUUCAAAAUUUUGAGACAGCUGUUCCAAAUCGCUACUUCCAGCCUUUUGGCUCUGGUCCUCGAGCAUGUGUCGGGAAGCAUAUUGCUAUGGUGAUGAUGAAAGUUAUUACAGCCACCCUUUUAAAGAAAUAUAAACUUCAUACACUAGAUGGCAGAACUGUGGAUGAUAUUAAAAAUAUCAAUAAUUUGUCUCAGCAUCCUGAAGAGCCCCAAUCCAGACUUGAGAUGAUAUUCAUUGCAAGACGCAAAGCAAAUCCAUAGCAUGAUUUCAAACUUAAAACUGCUGCCUGUAGUAGUUCUUUCAAAAAGCUCUUAUUUAGACUUGAGUAAAGUAAAUGACUGAAUACUCUCUUGCUUAAUACCAUACCAAGACAUGGAAUUUCUUACAAUAAUUAUGAAGUAUAAUGUUAUUUCUCUCAAUACACUUCAUAAAUGGAUUUUAAUUCUACUUUUUCAUACAGAAGGCAACUGAAAUAUCCAGGAUUAAGGUUAACAUUUUAUUUACCAUGGCAUAAAAUAUCAGUAUGUAUGGCAAACACAAGUAAAAUCAAACACGAAAUGCUAAAGUACAUUAGAGGCAACAGAAACAUUCACAGCAUAACAGUCAAGAAAGCAUGCAUGCAUGCAUGCAUGUAAGUCUGUAGUACAGCUUAGGAGAAAUCAGGUUGAUGCUAGUCUCUGCUUUCAGUGCUAUAGGUACUACAUGGAUAUUUUAUUUUGGAAGUGAUUUUGGCAAGAUUUCUUUGUACUGCAUCUCCUUCUCCAUAAAUAUUCCGUGUCCCUUGGAACAAUGAGUAACAGCACCAAGAGCAAAAUUUAUCUAUAUUUUAUUUUUUUAUUUUUUUACAUAACCGAUUCCCCAAAACAAGGCUCAAAGCUUUAACUUUCUUUGAUAUAAAAUACAACUAAAGGACUUAAAAAACAAGAAACUGAAAAAUAGGGGUCUAUAUCAGUUUGUUGCAAUGCAAUUGCAGCAAACACCGAAUCGUCGACCCUCAUUCAGCGAAAAUCAUUUCAGCGAUUUGCUGAAUUU